AUGCCCUGUCUGAUCUCCCAUCUGCUUGUCGUCUGGCUGAGCGUCCACAGGCUCGUGUGGUGCUCGGAGCGCGCGCCCUCCUCUGCGCGCGAGCGCUUCAAGGUGGUCAUCGCUCCGGUCAUCUGCAAGCGGGUCUGCCUGAACGGACAGUGCCACGACCGGUGCGAGCAGGGCAACAACACCACGCUGAUCGCGGAGAACGGCCAGGGGGCCGACACGCUCAUCGGACAGGGCUUCAGGGUCGAUCCAUCAGUCAAACAGACCAUUGUGGAGGAUUACGGUUCGACCUGUCCACAAGGCUAUAAAAGAUUUAACAGAACUCACUGUCAAGACAUCAACGAGUGCUCCCUGCAGGGCGUCUGUCAGAACGGAGAAUGCCUCAACACUCUGGGUAGUUUCAAAUGUUCCUGCAAGUCCGGGUUUUUCUUGGAGAGAAAUCGAUGUGUUGAGUCUGCGCCCGAGCUGGCCCAGUGCUUCCGGAUCGCGUCAGAGUCCAGGGGCUGCGAGCACCCUCUGCAGAACCAGAUCACCAGGGAGAUGUGCUGCUGCACGGUGGGCAAAGCCUGGGGCAGUAAAUGUGAAAAGUGUCCUCAGGUGGGCACAGUGGCCUUCAGUCAGAUCUGCCCUGCAGGGAAAGGAUACUUCCUCCAAAGUAUAACAGAAACUGUCGCCUUGCCUCCCAUCAUCUUUCCUCCAAACCCCCCUCUGGUGACGGAGAAGCCUCCAGACCCGACCACAGCGCAGCAGGUCUCUGUCAGUCCACGUGUACCCGUUGUUAAACCCACACCUCCUCCACUGGUCCGAAUCCACCCGGACAAUGACCCCUUCGAAACAGAGACAUACAGCCAGGAGACAGAUGAGUGUGGGCAAAGCAGAAGUAUUUGCGGUCGUGGAGAGUGUGAGAACAGCGCAAACGGCCACAUCUGUCACUGUUUCCCCGGCUACCGUCUCAACCCGCAGAAGAACAUCUGUGAGGACGAUAACGAGUGUGAAUCGGAGCCUUGCGGCCACGGUAGAGGCCGUUGUGUCAACACAGAAGGGACGUACAAAUGCCACUGUCGGCCAGGUUAUAAACACCUGGUGCUGCAUGGAAGACUUAAGUGCACAGAUGUGAACGAAUGCCUUAAACAGGACAUCUGCGGUGUUGGAGGUCGCUGUGUGAACUUGCUUGGUUCCUAUAAAUGUGAAUGUCACAGCGGCUUCAGGGCCAAGUCACACCGGUAUCCAGCCUGUGAAGAUAUUAAUGAGUGUUUGAGUCCAGAUUCUUGUCCUAAUGAGCAGUGUGAGAACACGCCAGGCUCUUAUGAGUGUGUGCCUUGUUUACCUGGUUAUGAGGCCCAUGCUGGCACCUGCUAUGACAUUAAUGAGUGUCUGAAGCCCAACAUCUGUCCUAACGGCCGCUGCGAGAACCUACCCGGAACUUACCGAUGCCUCUGCAACGAGGGCUUCCUCCAUUCAGCAGACAGCAAGAAUUGUGGCGACAUUGACGAGUGUGCAGAUGUUCGGCUGUGUGCUUACGGUCACUGCAUCAACACAGAAGGCUCCUUUAAGUGCCAUUGUUACCCAGGAUAUCAGCGCACGCAGGAGGGUAGCCACUGUGAAGAUAUUAAUGAGUGUGAGCGGACAUCCAGCUGCCUCCGGGGCCGCUGCAUCAACAGCAUGGGCUCAUACCACUGUGAGUGCCAGAAGGGAUACACCCUGAUUGGAGGCAGGGAAUGUCAAGACAUUGACGAAUGUGCUGUAGACAGGAAUCUCUGCCAGCCCUAUGGCUCAUGUGAGAACAGACUUGGCUCGUACGUAUGCGUCUGCAAUCACGGUUAUGUCCUCUCAGAGGACAGACACAGCUGUGAGGCCGUUCAAGUGUUGACAGAUGAGAAGAAGGAGUGCUACCUGAACCUCGAUGAUACGGUGUUCUGCGACAGCGUUCUGGCUAUUAACGUCACCAAACAGGAGUGUUGCUGCUCCAUUGGAAUGGGAUGGGGAGAUCACUGUGAGAUCCACCCCUGCCCUGUCUCCCACUCGGCUGAGUUCCACUUCCUUUGUCCACACGGUCAAGGCUUCUACAGUGAGGAACAAAUCCAGUACAGCCUGCCUGCGUAUCAUGAUAUCGAUGAGUGCUCUUUGUUUGCUGAGGAAAUCUGUAAAAAGGGCCGCUGUGAAAACACGCUGCGAGGCUACGAGUGCUACUGUCAACAAGGCUUCUACUAUGACAGCAACCUUCUCGAGUGCAUUGAUGUGAAUGAAUGUCACGACGAGUCACUGUGCGAUAAUGGUCAGUGCGUCAACACUGAAGGAGGCUUCUACUGCGUCUGCAACUGGCCCUGGACCCCCGACUUCAACAAGAAAAAAUGUGUAACGGCAACAGUAGCAGAUGUGAAUGAGUGUGACAAUCCAGAGAACUGUAAGAAUGGAGUAUGUGUGAACACUGUGGGCUCGUACUACUGUAUUUGUUCUCCACCCUGGACCCUGGCCAUCGACCGCAACAGCUGCGUGACUCCUGAGGAGCAGGCGGAUGUGAAUGAGUGCCAGGACCCCUCAUACUGUAAGAAUGGGAGGUGUGAAAACACGCCGGGCUCCUUUCACUGUUUUUGCGACCCUCCCCUCACCUUCAGCGCAGCGCUGAAACAGUGCGUCUAUGACGAUCGCACCGCAGCACACAAAGACGUAUGUUUCGUGCAGGUUGACGAGGGUCUCAUCUGCAGUCGGCCCAUUGACGUGGUGGUGACUUACUCAGAAUGCUGUUGUCACUACGGUCGAGGCUGGGGGCCUGAAUGUAACACGUGUCCCACCAGGAAUUCAGAGAUGUUCAGUCGUCUGUGUGAGAUGCAUCUGGAGACCGAGUCAGAUGGGGAUCAGGAUUUCCUGGCAGCUUUUGCCAACUACAAUCCAGGUGACAGUUCAGAGGAGGACUCAGACGAGUGCAGCUGCACAAACGGCCGCUGUGUCCGUUCCUAUCUGGGCACCAUGUGUGAAUGUAACACAGGCUUUAGGCUAGACCACUCCCGUGCCCGUUGUAUAGACAUUGACGAGUGCGCAGAACCAGGCCCCCGCAUCAGCUCCUGCAAGAACGCUCGCUGUGUGAACACUUUCGGCUCAUACAAGUGUUACUGUAAACAUGGCUUUGUGGCUACACGUCGCCAAAACGUGUGCGUCCGUCGGAGAACUCAGUGACCUCAGCGUGUCACCUCUGUGUGCCGCUUAGAUAAUUCCACAUCUAUACGCAGCGAACAGUCCCCCCAUCACCCCCAAAAAAUAAAUAAAUCAUGCUGUGCACAGAAUUGUUUCAUCGUGGAAAACACGAUGAACCAUAAACCAUGAAAUGUACAAACGUAAUUUUCUUCUUUGUCUUUUAC